AUGUCUCCGCAUGGCAAAAUCGACUGCCACUCCCAUUACCUGCCCGCUGAAUACCGGAAGGCUCUCGCCGAAAAUGGCCAUGCGAAUCCAGAUGGCAUGCCCGCCAUUCCAGAAUGGAGCGAGGAGAGCCACCUCGAAAUGAUGAAGUCGGUCAACGUGACCAAAUCCAUCCUCAGUGUCAGCUCACCGGGCGUUCACCUCAAAGCGGGCGACCACCAGCUGGCACGGAAACUAGCCAGACACGUCAACGAAGUCGGCGCCGACCUCAAGAAACGCAGACCAGAUCAAUUCGGGUUCUUCGCCUCCUUGCCGUUAUCCGAUGUCGACGGCUGUCUGCAGGAGAUCCCCCAUGCGCUGGAUCAACUCAACGCCGAUGGAUUCGUCGUCAUGACCAAUUUCCAUGGCUCCUACCUUGGCCAUCGCGACUUUGACGCCAUCUUUGAUGAACUGAACCGGAGGAAGGCUAUCGUCUUCAUGCAUCCUACCACGCCUUGCUUGUCGUCCGGCACGGCAGCGACGCCGCUCCCGCAAUUCCCAAGACCGAUGUUCGAGUUCAUGUUCGACACGGCUCGCGCCGUCAUCAAUCUAUUCCUUUCUGGCACGGUGAAGCGUUGUCCAAAUAUCACUUUCCUCGUGCCGCAUGUGGGAGGCACAUUUCCACCGUUGAUCAAUCGUUUCGCCAGCGUCGCGCCAUUCAUGAACUUAGGCGGAGCUGCCAGUGAGAUUACUCCAGCGUGGGUCAAGGAAAGACUGAACACGCAGUUCUACUUCGACACUGCUGGGUGGGCAUUUCCGGAGCAGACCAAAGGGUUGCUGGAGUAUGUCACGGUGGACAGGAUGCUGUACGGGAGCGACUUUCCUUACACGCCGCUGCGGGGUGUUCAAGCGUUGUCGAAGGAACAUGAUGAUCACCUCCCGAGAGUGUUUCCUAGUGAGGAGGAAAGAGAGAAGCUGUGUAGCAAGAACGCGGAGAAGCUCCUGCAUCAACGAGCAUAG